AUGCGCCUCGUCCUCGUCUUCGCAGCGCUCACAAGCUCCUCCUCCUUCCUCCUCUCUCCUCUCCCCCCUCCUCAUCUCUCUCGACCUUCACUCUCCUCCCUUGCUAGAUCUGCUAAGAGCAAACCGGCCGCUUCUCCUGUCUUCGUGGAGAUCGAAGACAUCGGCCAUAGCGCAUGGAGGCUCGACUCCAUCGCUGAGACCCUCAGAGAGGGGGGUCUUGGCAUAAUCCCGACAGACACUAGCUAUGCGUUUGUGACCUCCAUUGAAUCGAGGGACGGAGUCUCCAGGCUGUAUGAGCUGAAGCAGCAGGACUCUAUCAAGAAGAAGCCCUUUUCCAUCUUGUGCGACUCGAUCUCGCAAAUCUCCAAGUACACGACCGCGAUCAACUUCAAGAGCGUCUUCAAGAUGCUGAAAGAAGUUCUCCCCGGCCCUUACACCUUCAUCUGUCCCUCGACCAACGAUCUGCCCCGGAUGAUCAUUGAUCACAAGAAGCAUGCAAAGAUAUGGAAGAGGAAGGAGAUCGGCGUCCGAAUCCCGAAAGACGAAGUCUGCCUGCAGCUGAUCGGGAAAGUUGGGACUCCCCUGCUGUGUGCGGGAGUCCACAAGACGGACGAAGAGAGCUACUCGAUCGGGCACGUCUUCGCAGAGAACGAGAACCUGAUCGACUUCAUGGUGGCGGCGGGAGAGCGGAAUGCAGAGUCGUCGACGAUCGUGGAUCUGACCAAGGAGCCAGCAGUGAUUCUCCGGGAGGGGGCAGGAAAUGUCGAGGUGCUGAGAGACUUCAUCGAAUUGUCGGAGGAGUGA